UCUUAUUCAUAUCGAUCGCAUAAGAAUAAGAAAGAGAUAUGGGUGUCACUUUGAAGCAAGUGAUUAAGAACCUUGACGCCUUCCCCCGCGCCGAAGAGCAUUUGUUGCAUAAAACUCAAUCUGGGGCUCUCGUUUCCGUGAUUGGUAUAGUUAUAAUGGCCACCUUAUUCCUGCAUGAGCUCGGUUAUUAUCUUUCAACCUACACUGUCCAUCAGAUGUCAGUUGACUUGAAACGUGGAGAAAAUCUUCCCAUUCACAUAAAUAUGACUUUUCCUUCUUUACCCUGUGAUGUUUUGAGUGUAGAUGCCAUUGAUAUGUCAGGCAAGCAUGAGGUUGAUCUUGAUACAAACAUAUGGAAACUUCGCCUGAACAGUUAUGGCCAUAUAAUUGGCACUGAAUAUAUAUCGGAUCUUGUCGAAAAGGAGCAUACUCAUCAUAAGCACGAUCAUGAUAAAGAUCAUCAUGAAGAUUCAGAGCAAAAGAUUCAUUUACAAACCUUAGAUGAAUCCACGGAAAAUACGAUCAAGAAGGUGAAGCAAGCAUUAACAGAUGGAGAAGGAUGUAGGGUUUAUGGCACUUUAGAUGUUCAAAGAGUUGCAGGAAAUUUCCAUAUUUCAGUUCAUGGGCUAAAUAUAUAUGUUGCUCAAAUGAUUUUUGGAGGAGCAAAGAAUGUGAAUGUCAGUCAUAUUAUUCAUGACUUGUCAUUUGGCCCCGAAUAUCCUGGAAUUCACAACCCACUUGAUGAUACAACGAGGAUUUUGCAUGACACAAGUGGAACAUUUAAAUAUUAUAUUAAGGUUGUUCCUACAGAAUAUAGAUACAUCUCAAAAGAAGUUGUACCAACUAAUCAGUUCUCAGUUACAGAAUACUUUUCACCCAUGAAAGACCACGAUAGGACUUGGCCAGCUGUCUACUUUCUGUAUGAUCUAUCACCUAUUACUGUGACAAUCAAAGAAGAGCGACGCAGUUUUCUUCAUUUCAUUACUCGGCUUUGUGCAGUGUUGGGUGGAACCUUUGCUGUAACAGGGAUGCUGGACCGCUGGAUGUACCGUCUUAUGGAAACUAUAACUAAGCCCAAGGCCAAAACAAGUGUAUCACGAUAAGAUAUGUGCUCAUCAUUCCCACUUUCCAGCAACAUCCUUGGAUUUAUGCGAUAUGGCAGAUGGUGGCAUGGUUGAAAUUAAGAAUUGUAAUCAACUUUUUGACAAAUGUCUCUUUGUAGAAUUGUUUGUGCCGUUGACGUUAAGCAGUUCAUAUUAUCUUCUACCAUUCGGAAUGGCUUUUUGCUUGUCCGCUUGACAUUACGCAACAGACUGCAGAGUAUUUUCAUAGCUAUGCCACAUCUUAAAUCCUCCUCAAAUUUUGGUCAAUUUAAUCAGAAAUUCCCUUCAA